GAGCUCAUGCGCAAGAUUGUCACGCAUGCGCAUUGUCUCGUUUUACCUCAGCAUCAUGGCGGCGCCCGUAGACCUCGAGCUGAAGAAGGCCUUUGGUGAACUGCAGGCCAAAAUGAUUGACACUCAGCAGAAGGUGAAGAUCGCAGACUUGCAGAUCGAACAGCUGAGCCGUAUGAAGAAACACGCAAGCUUCACACAUGUAGAGAUCACCUCACUUCCUGGCAGCACCCGCAUGUUCGAGGGAGCAGGACGCAUGUUUAUUUUACAGUCUAAAGAUGAGAUCGCCAAUCAGCUUUUGGACAAGCAGAAAACAGCAGAUGAGAAGAUUAAGGAGCUUGAGCAAAAGAAGACGUAUCUCGAGCGCAGCGUUAAAGACGCAGAGGACAACAUUAGAGAGAUGCUGAUGUCCAGAAGAGCUCAGUAAAACACUCACACCCAUCCACAAAACCUGCUAUAUUACCUUUGUACACCAUACCAUUAGUUUACAUGCCUUCUGUAUGUAUUCAAGAAUGUUCAUCUUGACAGCUAUGCUAGUAAGAGUCAUUUGUCAGCUGUAGAGAGGAAGUUUAUUUAAGUGAUUUGUUAAAUUGAAUGUUUACAUUCUGUCUAAUGUACUCUCCUGUGACCUUUUUAGGUAAACUUUAACCUAUCCAAGUCUUUUUAAGUUAUUAUUUACUGCAUUCUUUAUAGAUUUCCUUUCUAUGGUUUGUAAAAUAAAAUAAAAUAAAAAUACAAAACAUUUUUUUUAUGUAGGCAGGUGUGAACAUGGCAAUAAAGAUGACUUUGAAAGACA